UAUCCUCUUCACUACCUAGACUAGAGAUAUGAAGUUCAUACUCAGUAGUCUCUUCAUUUUCCUUUUGAAUUUAGGAGCUCUAGUCACUAUUUCAGUUGCUUGCCCAACUUGUGAAAUUCCAACUCCUCCUCCUAAAGUGCCUAAACUCCCUCCUAAAAGCCAUCCCAAAGUUCCUUCUCCUACUCCUCCCAAACCUUAUGUACCAAAACCACCACCUGUUGAGCCUCCACAUGCUAAACCCCCAUCAGUAUCCCCACCAAAGAAGACUCCGACUGUGAAACCACCAAAGAAGUCUCCAACUAUCAAACCACCAAAGAAGUCUCCCUCUAUCAAACCACCAAAGAAGAUUCCAACUGUCAAACCACCAAAGAAGUCUCCUACUGUCAAACCACCAAUAAAAAAACCUACUCCUCCCAAAGCUAAGCCACCACCUUCUCCACCGAUUGUGAAACCAUAUCCACCACCAACAACUCCCACCCCGAAACCAAGACCACCACCAAAAUCCCCAACAACUGUACCAACACCACCAAAAGUUCCAACACCUAAACCGACACCACCAAAACAAACACCACCACCCAAAGCUCCUGCACCUAAACCAACACCGCCAACACAUACACCACCACCAACAGUUCCUACACCUAAACCAACACCAACACCACCAGCACUAACACCACCAACAACACCCGCACCAGUAACACCGCCAAAAAAAACACCACCACCAACUCCUAUACCAGUAACACCACCACCAACUCCUACACCAGUAACACCGCCAAAAACAACACCACCACCGACUCCUACACCAGUAACACCGCCAAAAACGACACCACCACCAACUCCUACACCAGUAACACCGCCAAAAACGACACCACCACCAACUCCUACACCAGUAACACCGCCAAAAACAACACCACCACCAACUCCUACACCAGUAACACCGCCAAAAACGACACCACCACCAAAUCCUACACCAGUAAUACCACCAAAAACAACACCACCACCAACUUCAACGCCUCCUGCAGUAACACCACCACCAACGAGUCAAGAACAAUGCCCAGUAGACAUUUUGAAAUUAGGUGCUUGUGUAGAUGUGUUGGGUGGCAUAGUGGGGAUAAUUAUAGGUGGUAGUGCUAAGGAAAAAUGUUGUCCAUUAUUGCAAGGAGUUGCUGAUUUGGAUGCGGCUCUUUGUCUUUGCACCGCCAUUGAAGCCAAGCUACUUAAUGUUAACAUUGUCUUGCCUAUUGCUCUUAAAGUGCUGAUCGACGAUUGUGGCAAAAACCCACCUUCGGGAUUCACCUGUCCUACAAAUGCAAGCCCACCACCAAAAUCUGCUCCACCUACACCAACAACUCCAACACCCACACCGCCAAAAAUUCCAACACCACCAACAACGCCACCGCCAACAACAACACCACCACCUACUCCAACACCAACGCCUCCAAUGUUAACUCCACCACCAAUGAGUCAAGGAAUGUGCCCAGUAGACAUUGUUAAAUUAGGUGGUUGUGUAGAUGUGUUGGGUGGUAUAGUGGGGAUAAUAAUAGGUAGUAGUGCAAAGGAUAAAUGUUGCCCAUUGUUGGAAGGAAUUGCGGAUUUGGAUGCGGCUCUCUGUUUAUGCACUGCCAUUGAAGCCAAGCUACUCAAUGUUGACAUCAUUUUACCUAUUGCUCUGAAUGUGCUGAUCAACGACUGUGGAAAGAACCCUCCUUCUGGAUUCAAAUGUCCUACAAAUGCAAGCCCACCACCAAAAUCUGCUCCACCAACACCAGCAACUCCAACACCCACACCGCCAAAAAUUCCAACACCACCAACACCAACAACUCCAACACCCACACCGCCAAAAAUUCCAACUCCAACACCGACACCACCAACAACAACACCACCACCUACUCCAACACCAACGCCUCCAAUGUUAACUCCACCACCAAUGAGUCAAGGAAUGUGCCCAGUAGACAUAGUUAAAUUAGGUGGCUGUGUAGAUGUGUUGGGUGGUAUAGUGGGGAUAAUAAUAGGUAGUAGUGCAAAGGAUAAAUGUUGCCCAUUGUUGGAAGGAAUUGCGGAUUUGGAUGCAGCUCUUUGUUUGUGCACUGCCAUUGAAGCCAAGCUACUUAAUGUUGACAUCAUUUUACCUAUUGCUCUGAAUGUGUUGAUCAACGACUGUGGAAAGAACCCUCCUUCUGGAUUCACCUGUCCUACAAAUGCAAGCCCACCACCAAAAUCUGCUACACCAACACCACCAUCAACUCCAACACCCACACCACCAACACCAACACCACCAAGAACUCCAGCACCCACACCACCAUCAACUCCAACACCCACACCACCAACAACAACACCACCACCUACCCCAACACCUCCAACGACAGCACCACCACCAAUGAGUCAAGGAAUGUGCCCAGUAGACAUUUUGAAAUUAGGUAGUUGUGUAGAUGUGUUGGGUGGUAUUGUAGGGAUUAUAAUAGGUGGUAGUGCGAAGGAAAAAUGUUGUCCAUUGUUGCAAGGAGUUGCGGAUUUGGAUGCCGCUCUCUGUCUUUGCACCGCAAUUGAAGCCAAGCUACUUAAUGUUGAUAUCGUCUUGCCUAUUGCUCUUAAUGUGCUAAUCAAUGAUUGUGGCAAGAACCCACCUUCGGGAUUCACCUGUCCAACAAAUGCAAAGCCUAGCCCAGCACCAACACCGCCAACUAUGAUGCCACCACCAACUCAAACACCAACACCCCCAACUCCAACUCCAACACCGCCAACUACGAAACCUCCACCAACUCCAACACCACCAACACCAACUCCAACACCAACACCGCCAACAACAUCACCACCACCAAUGGCUCAAGAGAUGUGCCCAGUUGACAUUCUUAAAUUAGGAGGCUGUGUAGAUGUGUUAGGCGGAAUACUUGGAAUUGUUAUCGGGGGUAGCGCUAAAGAAAAAUGUUGUCCGCUCCUAGCAGGAAUCGCAGAUUUGGACGCAGCCCUUUGUCUUUGCACCACCAUUAAAGCCAAGCUGCUCAACAUAGACAUUGUCUUACCUAUCGCUCUUCAAGUGCUCAUCCAAGACUGUGGGAAGCACCCGCCUCCUGAAUUCACAUGUCCUUCAUAGUUUGGCUGCCUGCUUGCAUGGAAUAAUUCUUAGUGGGGAACAUUAUCCUCUAUUUAUCUACUUUCUGUUUUUUCAUUUUCUGAUAAUUGUAAUAUCUGUGUCACAUUUUGUUGACCCACUACGAACUCGCAUUGGAGGUGAACGAAAAAAAUUCACUUAGUGACAGUUAACAGUCAUGUAAGGAGUUUGGGCAUCAAAUGCUAGAAAGGAGUGAGAGGAAAUUUAAUAAAACUUUCAAUGUUGUUUUAGAGUAUA